AUGGAACGACUGCUUCAGAGAAUGACACUAUCUCGCGAGAAAUCGGAGGAUCUGGAAACACAAGGCCCGUCUGUCAACCAGAAAGUAACCCACAAUAAGCGCUUGGAAUUCAUCCAGUUACUAUUCGGGAUCAAUUCCGAAGCCAUUGUAAACUUCCCUGGAAUCGAGUCGUACUGCGACUACUUGGAGCAUGGCCCUUUCCAGCAGUUGAUGGACCCAACUUUUGACUUGAUUUGGGACUUGAUGUCCCGUACAAAUCCCAGAAAAAUCGCAGACUGUUGGGACUGGAGCCUUGCAGUGCUGCAGGUGACACAGUCAGAACAACCUUUGGUCAGCAUACACGACAUAUUGCAGCGCAUCGAAGAGCGGGUUGGGAACUCCAAACAGAGUCUAGGGCGAGACCAGGAUAAAACCUAUCUUUACAUGGCCAUUUUUGGUGUUUUGUGCUGGUCAAGCCUGGUGGUGCGGCCCAGGUUGAUCUUCACGGACGACGUAGUACCGAACCUAACAUGCCUCCUGCCACAAGGGUUCAAAUCGACCAAAAGUUCCACUACUCAUAGGCUAAAUGACAGGUGUAUGCGACCAAUCCCGACCACCUUUCGGUCGUUUCAGCUACAGCACUGGGGUGACCAGACAGUUGAACGCACACAGGGUAGAUCGAGAGAGACCGACAGCCUGUACGAGGCGAGCCUCAACAUCUACUCGCUGUGCUACUUUGGACACGUCACGAUUCAAUGGGUCGAUACCAUCAGCGAGCAUCUACGGUUCAAUCCGGCUAAUCGCCGGCUAUCCAUAUUUCGCUUUCCCACAUUCUGCGCCUUGCUUGCCGUCCAUGGAGACAACGUUUGCUCGGCGAUUCGAAGUAUUGCUGAGCAACUCGACCCCUUGUCCCCAGAAGAUAGAGACCAUUGUUGCGUUAGUCUAGAACAAGAGAUUAUCCUCUCCUACCGUCUCCUGUUUGGACAAGAUGGCAAGUCCAGAAAGGUCGCACGUGAAGAACUCUUCAGAUUGAAGAACUCGAGCGUAAAUCAGAGCGUCGACACCAUGCUCUUGGAUCUCUGCGAGCGCAAGUACGAGCACGGCAGUCUGUGGUGGAAGACGUACGACAAAGUCCUGCAGGGCUAUCCGUCCGAGAUAUGGCCAAUCACGUGUCGGACCAUGGAAGGGCAUCUCCAGCAGAACGACGUGUACAGCGCUCGAGAUGACUUCCCGAGACUGGGGCCACGGUUGCUCAAGCUCCAGCAGUUCAAUUCACGCCAGAGACCCAGCAAGCUGACCGAUCUGUGGCGCGACAGGCGGAAUCCUCUGCAAUGGUACACGUUCUGGGCUGUGAUACUGGUCGGAGGAGUGGCGAACAUCCUGGCAGCACUUCAGUUUCUGGUCGCUCUUGUUCAAUUGCAAACCUCGUUCUAG